UCCUCUCCCCAAAGAGGGGCGGCGAGCGUUCCCCGCGGGCGGUCCGUAGCCCACGGGGCGCCCCCUGCCCCGCCCCGCCCCCACUGUGCACCCCUUCACCGUUGGGCCUUUCCUCCCCGCCGCCCCGGUUUCCUAGUGGCUGUUGACGUCUGUCUCGCGCGCCUGACUCCACGGCGUGUUCACGUCUUUCCGUGUUACGCUUUCCUUAUGGUGAAAGGGACAUUCCAUGACGUUUUUCAACGAACUCCACCAAACGAGAUGAAUUGAGGGUGUGCGCGCGGGUGUUUCUACAGAACUUAGGAUGGCUUUCUGAGUUGUCUGCCUUUUACAGGGCGCGGUGGCUCCGGCCGCGAUGAGCUUGGUUGUGAGGAACCUGCAGCGGGCGGUGCCCCUGAGGCGGGCGCGGCUCCGCGAGAAGGUGCAGGCGGUGCGGGGAGCCCUGGGGGUGCAGAGGUUCGACCUGGGGGUCGUCUGUGUCGACAACAGAAAGAUUCAGCAGAUUAAUAGAAUCUACAGAGACAAAGAUACCCCAACAGAUGUGCUUUCCUUUCCAUUUCACGAGAAUCUGAAAGCAGGCGAAAUUCCCCAGCCUGAUUUUCCAGAUGACUAUAAUUUAGGAGAUAUUUUCCUGGGAGUGGAGUAUAUCUUCCAGCACUGCAGAGAAAAUGAAGAUUACUAUGACAUCCUGACUAUGUACCAGAAGGAGAAGCAGGUUCUCGAGGAGCUGAGCAGGCACACAGGGACCAGGCUUCAGCCCCUGAGCAGGGGCCUCUUCUGACCGAAGUGCCGCCAUGUGGAGAGAGAGUGGAUACCCCCCCGGGCCCCAGGGACCAGAGCUCCCCACGCCGAGGUCCCUGCUGGCCACUGCUGUCCUGUGGGGCUGCACAAGUGCCAGCCGUAGCAGGCGCUGAAUUCCACAAGUGGAACUUGCCUCUUAAAACACGAGAGGAGGGCUUCCCUGGUGGCGCAGUGGUUGAGAGUCCGCCUGCCGAUGCAGGGGACGCGGGUUCGUGCCCCGUCCGGGAAGAUCCCACAUGCCGUGGAGCGGCUGGGCCCGUGAGCCAUGGCCGCUGAGCCUGCGCGUCCGGAGCCUGUGCUCCGCAGCGGGAGAGGCCACAGCAGUGAGAGGCCCGCGUACUGCAAAAAAAAAAAAAACCGAGAGAAAUUUCCACUCAUUUCUUGGUUCAGGACACAGUAGGUGUGUUAUUUGCAGCGUUGUAAAUAAAAUAGUUGCAAGUGCUCAGGAUGCAGAGGUGGGGCGUGUCGGCCGCCUCCUCCCUGGGGCUCUGCCUUUGACAAAGCGGCAUCUCCCACGUCUGCAUCCCUUCAGGACAAAUCAAGCAGCCCAGGUGGGCCUGCCCCCACUUCCCGUUGGAAUCCUGCUGGAUUCGGUCCCAUCCAGUUCUCAGGAGCGCUGGGGCCUGGAGCCUUUGCUUGGUGCCUCUGCAAGGUGAGGGACAAGGCUGACCCUCGAGGUGGCCGCAGGGCCAGGCCUGCCCCCCGCAGGGCACCCUCAGCACGCCUCCUGCCAUCACCCACCCCUACCCAUCGGUCCCGGUCAGGCAGUUGCUCACAGACUGUGCUCGAGUCCUUUGCCGUGGCCCCGGCGUGGCAGAGCUCCGACUGCCACGUCCCACCCUCCUGUAGGAAAGCCUCCCUCCUGUCCGUAUGUCCUGCCGUGUGAAUAUGAAAAUAAACCCAGGAGUUUACCCCAGAGCUUCAUCCAGAGCUGUGCACAAGCUUCGGGCAUCACGGGCGGGAGCAGCUCUGGAAGGGGCGGGCGCCGAGCCAGCCCGGGGCCUCCGAGCACCGACCACAGCGCCACAGACCCUGCAAGGAGCUCUGAACUGGUCACGGCGAGAAAACACGGCCUCUCGGAGACCCUGAAACCCCAAGUACUAUGAUCCUAAGAAUUUGGUGUCUCCCAUAAAUCGAUUUCAGAAACAUGAAAA